AUGCAGGCCUUGAGAAGCAUCCUACGUAUAGUGAAACCAAGUUUUCUUUCCAGAAAUGUUUCAAGCUGGCAAAUUGCACUUAAUGAGCAUGGUGAACCCCUCGAUGUUCUCUACGAUCGGGUCGUGGACAUCGGGACCCCGAAAAACAAGGAAGUCCUUGUUAAUUAUCGUUUUUGCCCAAUCAAUCCCUCCGAUAUUAAUGCUAUCCAAGGAACAUAUCCACUAAAGCCAUCAUUGCCAGCUGUCCCAGGAAAUGAAGGUGCAGGAUAUGUUUUGGAAUGUGGACCUGGAGUUUCUAAACUCAAACCUGGUGAUCUUAUCAUUCCUGCGAAACCGGGUUUGGGAACCUGGCGCAAUGUCGCUAUCUACGACGAAUCUGAUUUAUUUUGUUUAAACCCCAGGCUCGAUGUUAGACAGGCGGCUGUGCUUUGUGUCAAUCCAUUAACGGCCUACUUCAUGCUCAAUGAGCAUGCAAAACUAAAACCCGGUGAUUGCCUUAUUCAGAAUGGGGCGACGAGCGCCGUUGGCAUUUACGUAAUGCAGAUGUGUAAACAGAUGGGUGUGAGAACAAUAAAUCUUUUUAGACCCCGUGACACACCAGAAAAGACGGAGUCCACGCGUCAGGCGCUUCUAGACUUCGGAGGCACCGUGGUUCUUACGGAAGAGGAGCUGAAACAACGGAAAGACUUUAGUGAAUUGGGCAAAAUUAAAGUGGGCCUUGAUUGCUUGGGUGGUCGGCCAGCUCUGACCAUAAUCAAGAGCCUCGAUCAACAUGGGCUCCUCAUAAAUUAUGGUGGAAUGACAAGACAACCAAUUCCAACUCCCAUUAGUGCUCUUAUCUUUAAAGGUAUUCAAAUUCGCGGAUUUUGGCUUUCGGGAAGAAGGAAUCAAUCGCAUUUAGCGGAGGAGAUACAGGCAAGGCUUGAUGAACUUUCAAAUUGGAUAAUUGAUGGGAAACUCAAGCUCUCUCCUGCUGAAUUAUUUCCGCACUUGGAAUGGAAGGCUGCCGUUUCCAAGGCUCUAUUCAAGGAUGAUACGCCCAGGGAUUUGCCACGCAAGAACGUGUUGUCCUUCCCAGAGGUCUCUUAA